CUAAAAUAAAUUUAUUAUCAAAAUCGAGUCGUGUCGAGGGGGUAUUUUCGUCGCAGCCAUUUUCUCGAUUACGCGCCUUCUAAAUCCGGGAUUUUCGGAUAAAUAAUUAAAAAAAAAAAACCGCCCGUUAAUUAACACAUAUAUACCGUUAAUUCGGGUGUCCCACCUAGUCGAGGUAAGACAGGACCGAAGGAGCAAAAAAAAAAUGUACGUGUACGGUGUGUGUUGACACAGCACAGUGUGUGGGGCUGAUUAUUAUUAUAAAUAAUAAUUUUAAGUGACGUUUCGGUCCUCCCGUCGCUCUUUCAAGCAGCAACCGAUCCGGUCGGUGCUUUAGGGGGAGCGUGUAAAGGAAAUUCGAAGCCCUGGAAGGGUUAAAAGUGCAAACCAUGGGCAACAAUGCCGCUACGGCUAAUAAGAAGGUCGAUUCCGCAGAAUCAGUCAAGGAGUUCCUUGACCAGGCCAAGGAGGACUUUGAGGAAAAAUGGAAGAAGAACCCUACCAACACGGCUUCCCUAGAUGAUUUCGACCGAAUAAAGACCCUGGGCACAGGCUCUUUCGGUCGGGUCAUGAUAGUGCAACACAAACCCACCAAGGAGUACUAUGCCAUGAAGAUCCUCGACAAACAGAAAGUCGUGAAACUAAAACAGGUGGAACAUACCCUGAACGAAAAGAGGAUCUUACAAGCGAUUAGUUUUCCCUUUUUAGUUAGUUUGCGGUUUCAUUUUAAGGACAAUUCGAACUUGUACAUGGUCCUCGAGUAUGUUCCCGGUGGCGAAAUGUUCUCACAUCUAAGAAAAGUGGGUCGGUUCUCAGAACCGCAUUCGAGGUUUUAUGCCGCUCAGAUUGUGCUCGCUUUCGAGUACCUUCACUAUUUAGAUCUGAUUUACCGAGAUCUGAAACCUGAAAACUUACUAAUUGAUUCGCAGGGUUACUUGAAAGUGACAGACUUUGGGUUCGCCAAGAGGGUCAAGGGUCGCACCUGGACUCUGUGCGGAACACCUGAGUAUUUAGCACCUGAAAUUAUUCUUAGUAAAGGUUAUAACAAGGCGGUCGAUUGGUGGGCCCUGGGAGUGCUGGUCUAUGAAAUGGCUGCGGGUUAUCCACCGUUCUUUGCCGACCAACCAAUUCAGAUUUACGAAAAGAUUGUAUCUGGCAAAGUGAGGUUCCCCUCGCACUUUGGGUCAGAUUUAAAAGAUCUCUUAAGAAAUUUACUGCAAGUGGACCUGACUAAGCGCUAUGGGAACUUAAAAGCUGGUGUCAAUGACAUCAAAGGUCACAAGUGGUUCCAGUCGACCGAUUGGAUUGCAAUCUUCCAAAGGAAGAUCGAGGCACCGUUUAUUCCUAGGUGCAAAGGUCCGGGGGAUACGAGCAAUUUCGAUGAUUACGAGGAGGAGGCUUUACGCAUAUCAUCAACUGAAAAGUGCGCCAAAGAGUUUGCCGAGUUUUAAAUCUCAAUUUGUUAUGGACCAUUAUUGUUUUGUUAGGUCAGUUCGGGAACAUGUGAAAUUCCAAGAAGCUACUCGAGGGCAGGAUACAAGGUAGGCAUGGUAGUAGCGCCAUCAUGCUGUGAAAAACCUUUUAUUAGUGUGUAUAAAUAUAUUCUAAAGUAAUUUUAUUUAUUAAGUUUAAUAAAACUGUAUAUAUUGUAUUAUAGCAACUGAACACCUAUAGCACUAUUUACAUUAAAUAGGGCAAAAAAACAAGUCAUUUUAAUGAGUGCGGAUGUAAUGUAGCAAAAAUAAAUUAGUUGAAUAGUUAGCGAAGCUAUUUAAUAAUAAUAAUAAUAUUUUCCCCAAAAUUGUCUCUUAUCCUGAGCUUUUAAGGGGGGGCUUUAAAUUCAACGGUUUUAUGGAAGUUUCAGCCUUUUUUUUAAAUACUUGUACUGGGUACUUAGUGUUGUACGGGAUGGUCCUUUUAUUUUCCGCUUUAUGUAUUCUUUAUAAUUCCUUAAAUAAAUAAAUAUUGUAAUUAAAUAAGUUGAAAAGAACCCAAAUGUUAGUCAUUAGUUUAUUAGAAUAGUGGUCCCCGAAGAAACUGCCAGAAUAGAACGAAUGUCCUGUACAAUUGAAUAAACAUAAUUAAAAAAAUUUAACUACUUAUAUAUUGUAUUAUGUAAUUAAUGUUCACCAUUUUAGAGCCGCUAUUUAAUUGUUAUUAAAAGAAUGUUUAAUAUAA